AUGCUUCUAAUGGUUUCGGUGCGGGCAAAUCUGCUGGCCGGUGAUGUGAUUACUGCCACGACGAGAGUGAAGAAAUUGUGUAAAGCAGGGCAUGGCUUCGGGACGCUGGAAUCGGUGAUGGUGCGACGAAGGAAUGUUGGUAGGAUGGCAGAGGCAUCCUCCAAGCGUCCGCUGAUCAUGCUUUGGAUUGCGCUAUGUUUGCUCGCGAUCGGCACUGGCGCUGAGCAUGUGCGCGAACUAGAAGUAUCAGAGGGAGUGCCAAUAGGGCACCAGAUAGGUUUCAUCGGGGAAUUCCUGCAUGGCCUGGACAGUGGGCCACCGUACUUAAUAGUUCCGGUGCCGGGCAGUGCAGUGGACAGUGAUCUUGCCAUCGAUCAUACAACCGGUGAAAUUAGGACCAAAGUGGCAUUAGAUCGUGAAACGCGUGCUUCAUAUUCGCUCGUGGCAAUUCCGUUAAGUGGUGCAAAUGUGCGUGUUGUUGUGCGUGUCUUAGAUGAAAAUGACAACGCUCCAACCUUCCCCACACCUGUCAUGAACAUUGAAUUCCCCGAGAACACCCCUCGUGAUGUCAAGCGUACACUCAAUCCUGCCCGGGACCUCGAUCUUGGUCGCUACAAUACCCAAAGGUACAACAUCGUAUCGGGAAACGUAAACAAUGCUUUCCGACUAUCUUCGCAUCGAGAACGAGACGGGGUACUAUACCUAGAUUUACAGAUCAACGGUUUUCUCGAUCGGGAAACCAUACCGGCAUAUAGUCUUGUGAUUGAGGCCCUAGAUGGUGGGACACCACCACUUAGGGGCCAGAUGACCGUUAAUAUCACAAUACAAGAUGUCAAUGACAACCAACCUAUUUUCAAUCAAAGCCGAUACUUUGCCAGUGUUCCUGAAAAUGCAACUGUUGGGACCAGUAUCCUUCAAGUUUUUGCCACCGAUACAGAUGCGGCUGAAAAUGGAUUGGUUGAGUACGCAAUAAAUCGUCGUCAGAGCGAUAAGGAACAGAUGUUCAGGAUAGAUCCACAAACUGGCUGGAUCUCCGUAAACAAACCCCUGGAUUUUGAAACGAAAGAACUCCAUGAACUAGUUGUUGUGGCUAAAGAUCAUGGUAUUCAACCACUAGAAACCACAGCUUUUGUAUCAAUUCGUGUAACGGAUGUCAAUGAUAAUCAGCCCAUCAUCAAUGUAAUCUUUCUGAGUGACGAUGCCACUCCCAAGAUUUCGGAAUCUGCCCAACCAGGGGAGUUUGUUGCCAGAAUAAGUGUUAACGAUCCAGACUCUAAAACUGAAUACUCAAAUGUGAAUGUGACAUUAAGUGGUGGUGACGGUCGUUUCGGUUUAACAACGCGCGAUAACAUCAUAUACUUAGUGAUUGUCUCUCUACCCCUCGAUCGUGAACUUCAACCAAAUUAUACGUUAAGUGUUGUAGCUACGGAUACUGGUAACCCUCCUCUACACGCUAGCAAAACCAUCUACCUUCGCGUAACUGACAUCAAUGACAAUGCUCCUGAAUUCGAGAGUGAUUCCUACCAUGCCAAUGUUAUGGAGGUUGCAGACCCGGGUACCUCUGUUAUCCAAGUGGUUGCCGUGGAUCGCGAUGAAGGCAACAAUUCUGCCAUAAUGUACUCCCUCCUAGACACACCUGAUACUCAUUCUCAGUGGUUCCAAAUUGAUUCGCGUAGUGGACUUAUUACUACACGUGCGCAUAUUGAUUGUGAAACCGAACCUGUACCUCAACUUACAGUAGUGGCAAAGGAUAGUGGACAUCCUUCACUUUCCUCAACUGUUAGUGUUUUUGUGACCAUUCACGAUGUCAACGACAAUGAGCCCAUCUUCGAUCAGAGCUUCUACAAUGUAUCAGUGGCUGAAAAUGAACCCAAAGGACGCUGCAUUCUUAAGGUAUGUUGUAAAAACUACAGUCUUUGUCCAGAUUGUUCGUGAUGUUUUGCAAAGGGUUUUACCAAAUGUACUUCUGUGUAAGUAAUUACAAAGAACUCGUAUAAAAUAGUAAUCUUUCUAGAGUUAAACGAGAAUUACAUUUUUGAUCAAUUACGCCCCACUUUAUUUCACUUUUUAUUAAAUUUUUUUUUCUAUAAGAGAGGUAACUGUAACCCCAAAUGACCUGAAGAGGUUUACACCGAUUUCAAGAGAAAAACAAUCACGAACAGAAUAUUAAAUUAAUAUUUUCGGAUUUUUCUCAGGGAUCAGAUUAAAUCUUAAAAUUAUUAUUCUUUAAAUUUUCUUGUAAAUGACUUAUCCAAAUUAUUUAAUUUUGUAACCACUGAAAGGGCCUUAAUUAUCAUUUACAUAAAAAUAUUCACUGAUUUUUAGUAAAAAACAAGAAGGUCCAAGAGUUUUAACAAGAUCAUUAUUAAAAAAUUAAAUUUAUUAAAAUAUUAAUAUACCAAUUAGCAUAUUACAAAAGCACCCAAUAAAUGUUUUGAGGUUUAUAUUUUCAACUAAUUAUAGAGUAUUUUUCUUAACCUGGCGAUCCCUGGUAAUUCUACACAUUAUUUUUCUUUUAGAAAGUCUUGGAAUAUGAUUUUAAGUACAGUGCGACUCUAAUAUUAUCAACCCAUAAAAAUUUUAAUUAAAAUUAAAAAGUAGGGGAAAGUGGGGCAUUUUUUAAAAUGGGGUACCUCUAUAUUGGGGCUUUUUUCUAUUUUUAAGUACACCUGGACCUUACCAUGAAAUAAUAUAGCUCCACAAACCAAUAAAUUACAAUUUGAUAACCUCAGUUCCAUUUUAAAAUAUGAGAAAAAGGCCCUGUUUAAAUGCACCCCAAUUCAAAGGUACCACACUUCCUCCUAUGUAAAAUUACAGGCUUAACGUCAAAUUUUUAAACUACUUGUCUUGACUAAUAACGUAAUACAAUUUUUAACAACUUAAAACACAUAGAAUAUAAGGAGUAAAUACGUUGACACUAUUGGAGUCAUACUGUAAAAUAUUUUAACUGUUGUCUUAUGCAGAUUUUGUAUCAAAUUUAACACGUUUUUUUUAGCACAGUUUGAUCUAAGAAUUGAGAAAAAUUUUAGAAAGUUUUCACCUCUAAUUUGGAGUUUUACAAUUUAAACUUUAUUUAAAACAAAUAAACAUUUUUAUGAAACGUUUUAAUAUCAAGUAGAGGAAAGUUGGGGUAGUUUUAGGUAGAGGAAAGUACUCUCUCUUCGAACGUUCAUGCCUUCGAAUAAUGUGAUUUUCUUUAAGCUUCCCUAAGAGAUUUAGCACGCAAUUAUCAAUUAAUUGACAAUAAGCUAACCAAUAUUAUACCAAUACCGAAAACUAUACCUGAGCUAUACCAAUACCGAAAAAAUCGACAUUUUGAAUUAUUGAAGGUAAAAGGUCAACCACUUUGGAGAACCCAUUUUUCAACAGAUUUUGUUAAAUUUGGAUUUUUUAGAUAGGUAUUGAAAUUUCGAACCCGACUGCAUUGGUAUUCAUCGGUAAUGAACCGGUUAAGUGUCAAUUUUUGAAGAUUUUUACAUCCCCUAUAAUUAAUAUUCCCUAAAAGCCAUGUUUUCUCAAUGAUUUUCGAAUAUGCUUUAGUAUUAGUAAUAGUAGUAUUUAUUCAAUAACAAAAAUAGGGUUCAUUCCUCUUACAAUUGUGAUAAAGAGAAAAAGAAAAACAAGUAAAAAAAA